AUGCGUGGAGCUACUGGAGAGGUGAGGCCGCCGAUCGCUGCUGACUUCAUCAGCAACCUCGGUGUGUCUGCUGAUGAGCUUGCGACGGCUGGUAUUGAAAUCGACGAGAAUGCGGACUUUGAAGAUUUGCUCGUCGAGCAAGAUGAAGAGCUGCAAGUGUCCAUCGUGGCAUUAUUACAAGGAGUUUGGGAAGCGACUGGAAAUUUGACAUUCAAUGUACGCGAGCUGAAUGCGGAAUAUGGAGGCGGCUCGGGAGUUCAACUGAAGAUCCAGCGUGCUCAUCGGAGGGGAAAUUUGAACCGGACGGAGUUUUUAUUGAACGAUUUAUGGAUUAUGGUGAAGGAGGAGACGAGUUUCUUACCACCUCAGUAUGUGACUUGGCAGAAAAUCGAGCAGAGAAACUCAGGCCUACCGGAAGUCAUGUGCUGGAUGAGACCGACUGGCAAUGGCAUUUCCGAACGACGAGCGGUAGCAGGAGAUAAUAUUGGAAUCAAAAUAGAAGGCGUCACGUCCAAGGAAGUGCGUCGUGGACAGGUGCUCUGUUGCAUCGGUGAUGCUGCUGUUGGAGAAUACCGACGAGUGGACGCGCAUGUGGUUAUGGUCAACUUCCCGGGCGAGCUCAGGCCGGGCUACUCACCGGUGAUUGACAUCGGAACGGCUAGUAGUACAGUGCAGUUUAAAUCGUUGAAAAAAAGGCUGCAUCGAACUAGUGGAACGGUGUUGGAGAAUGAUCCGGAGCUGCUUAUACAGGUCAACCCAGCUCGGGACCAGCAUCAUUUUUCACCGGCAGUCCAAGAGGCUCCAAUAGCGAAAUCGGUGUCGCCAAGUGUUGAAGACAUAAAUAUCGCGGAGAUGACUCUGCAUAUUCAUUCAAUUCUAGAUCACGUAUUGGUACAGUGCGGACUGGCAUUGGAGCUCGAGAGGCUUGAAGUGAGUUGUGGAGACUCUGAUGAUCGUCAUGAAAUUCUCGGCUGA